ACAGCUCUCAGUCUGGUCUGGGCGUGCAAGGAGGCAGCAUGUGUGCGCUUUGAUGUGUGCGGGACUACCGCCUGUAUUCUCCCGUCUUGAGAAACCGCUGCACUGAGGUCAUCCGAAUCAGUCCAAGCAGGACUUGGAAAUCCGCCGUAGGACACGCCCACGACUUCAACCUGAACAUCCUGGAGGUCAUCGUGAUGUGUGCUUGGUCGUCUUAAUAUUCCCACCCCAGCGCAACCUCGUGAGCGUGACGUGUGGAGAAUCAUGCGCUGGCAAGAUGGUGAGGCCGAGAUGCCGCUGAGGCCCAGACCUUGACAACAGUUGCACGAUGGGAAAUGUGGAGAGCCAAAACGGCGAGAACGCCUUCCACGGCGUUUCGGCCGGCCACCUCUCCCGUAAGCACGCGUCAUCGCGCUCUCUCCGCCUGUCCUCCGCCGCCAAGCAGUCGGUGGCCCGCCGCCCUCGCCACUCCCUGUCGGCCAAGCAGCCGGAGCGGCACCGCAACUCUGAAGCGUCCACUCGCUCCUCCAGCACGCCCAGCAUCCCGCGCUCGCUGGCCGAGAGCGGCCCGGAAGCCUUUGAUGCCGAGGAUGCGGGCGGCCUGACCGACUUAGGCGUCAACCCGCACUGGACGCAGCGCGUGGCCAUGACCUUGAGGCCCGAGGAGCACGACGCCUCGGCCACGCCCACGCCCGACACGUCCGAGGCGGACACGCUCGCUCACGAUGACGAGCCCGCCGGUUUCAAGAAGAUGCGCUCCAAGUCGGCCGACAUGUGGAGGGAGGACAGCCUGGAGUUCUCGCUGUCGGAUCUCAGCCAAGAACACAUGACCAGCACGGAGGAGAUGGUGGACGGAGGCGAGGAGGAAGAGGAGGAGGAGGCGGAGGAAGAGGAGCCGUUCAGCCGACCGCCCCGAGGACCCAAAGGUGUAGCAGAGCGCGCCUCGUCUUUGGACCACCUGUGCAGCCACCAGAGUGCGGGCUUCCGGGAUCAAAGGGUCCGCCGCAGAGACGGCGAGCAGGACGGCAGCGGAGGUCGCGAUGUCAACGCUGAGACUGGGCCGCUGUCCCCGAGCGAGGAGGACGGCGGCGGCGCUUACGGAGCCUUCACGCUCCCCUGCCGACGCUCACACUGCCUCUCGGAGGGCCUGACUGGGCUCGGCUUGGCGGCCCCGCCGACGCGUCCUGUUUUUCAGGGACGCCGCGCGCAAACCACUCAGGACAUUUCAGCCGCGUUGGGAGAGGGCAGUGAGUACGGCGACAGCGGCAUUGAUGGCGUGGCGGCCGAGCCAGAAGUGCCGACGGACGGCGAGCAGUUGUCGCGGCGCUGCAAGGCCAUGUCGGCGUCCUUUUCCGUGUACUCGGCUGUCGAGAACGCCCUCUUUCGCAACGGCAGCGACAGCGGUAGCAGCAGCGCUGGCGCGGCGGAGGCACGAGGAGGUGGCGGAGGUGUCUACGAGAACUUCCGCAAAGAGCUGGACAAUCAAGUCUGGGCGCACCGAGGCUGGGACCGCUCAGAGGAGGCGAGCUCGGCGGUCAGCGACGAGCAAAGCAGCGGCACACUCAGCAGCGCCUACCCGUCGGAGUCGGCGGUGGCGGCGAGCUGCGCUCACGGCACGGUGCGCAAGGCGGGAGCGCUGGCCGUCAAGAACUUCCUGGUGCAUAAGAAGGGCAAGAAGGUGGAGCCGGCCGCCAGACGCAAGUGGAAACACUACUGGGUCUCGCUAAAAGGCUGCACGCUGUUCCUGUACGAGUCGGACGGUCGCUCGGGCAUCGACCACACCAGCGUUCCCAAACACGCGCUGUGGGCCGAGAACGCCAUCGUGCAGGCGGUGCCCGAGCACCCCAAGAAGGAUUUUGUUUUUUGCCUCAGCAACUCGGCCGGAGACGCCUUCCUCUUCCAGACGUCGGGUCAGACGGAGCUGGAGAACUGGAUCACGGCGAUCCACUCGGCGUGCGCCGCCACCCUGGCCCGCCAGCACCACCGCGACGACACUGUGCGCCUGCUGCGCGGCGAGAUCCGCAAGCUGGAGCAGAAGAUCGACAUGGACGAGAAGAUGAAGAAGAUGGGCAACAUGCAGCUGUCCACCGUCACCGACGCCAAGAAGAGGAAGACCAUCCUAGAGCAGAUCUUCUUAUGGGAGCAGAAUCUGGAGCGUUUCCACAUGGACCUUUUCCGCUGCCGCUGCUACCUAGCCAGCCUGCAGGGAGGCGAGCCCCCCAACCCCAAGCGCCUCCUGGGCUUUGCCUCACGGCCCACCAAGCUGGCCAUGGGACGCCUGGGGAUCUUCUCCGUGUCCUCCUUUCACGCGCUGGUGUCUGCGCGCACGGAAAUGGGCGUGAAGCGGCGUAGCCACGCCACGCCUUCUCGCACCUUCAGCAAACGCCGCAGUCGCUUCUCGUCGUUGUGGGGCCUCGACACCGCCUCCCGCAGGAAGUCCAAGGCGCAGCACCCAACCAUCAGCCAAGUAUUCAUUGACGGUGUCGAGCUGGGUAAAGCGCCCACGGAACCAACGUGUGAAGACUCGGCCAGCGACAAAUCUAAGGACCAGGAGAGCUCAGUAAAAAGUCUUCCCCAGUUGGCCCUGGACACUGACGUGUGGCUCCCAGAGAGCCUGGCCCCCUCCUGGGUGUGCCUGCCCGGCGACCAGCCAGUCCUGGCCGUAGUGCAGCCCGGCGACACGGCACUGGAGGUUUUAAGCGCCGUCUGCAAGAAAAACAAAGUGGAUCCCUCCGGUCACUACCUGCGCUUGAAGGUGGCGGUGGCUGACCGCACACUCCUCUACGUGCCCAAACCUGACGAGGACGUGUACGAUGUGCUGUACCAGGAGAUUGAGAUCUGUACCAAGGCCACCAGGCUGAUCCAGUUCGACCGAGACGAGUCAUGCACGCUGGGCUACGGUUUCUCUGUGUCUGUUAUGGACGAGGACGGCACGCAGCGGCUUCACAUCACUGACGUCAAAGCGGGAGGACUCGCCUCCGCUAAAGGUGUACGAGCUGGUGACGAGAUCCUGCUGCUGAACGGCAAGCCGGCCGCCGCCCUGCAGAUGGACGACAUGCGGGUGGCGUUCGCCUGCCAUGCCCUGACGCUGAGCGUGGGCGCCCUACCCCGCCUGGACCCAGCCGCCUUGUGCCCGCCCCCGGCGCCCCGACGCUCCGACGCCGAGCCCGGUGCUGCCACCACGGACAUCUUCUCACAGAGCCAAGAGGACAUCCUGGACGACGUGUCGGGUCUGACGGUGGAUGAAAGUUUGGACGAGGGCACGUCACAGAGUCCCAGAGAUCCUCCUGAAGAGAAGAUCUAUGUGCAGAAGAACACUGCACAGGCGUCCUCCUUCCACCACCGCAGCCUCCAUGACCCUCCCGAGUGCCAGAUGUUGUCUUCCUCAUCCUCGUCUUCCUCCUCGACAUCCCUGUCCCCCAGCCCGGUGUCGGCCCUGCCGCCGUCCUGCACUCAGCGUCAGCUCUCACACGCCGACAAGCUGCGCAAAGUAAUCAGCGAGCUGGUGGACACGGAGAAGACUUACGUCAAAGACCUGCGUUGCCUCAUCGAGUGCUACUUGACGCCGCUGCAGAAGGAGAGCUUCCUCACGCAGGACGAGCUGGACAUUCUGUUCGGCAACCUGGGCGAGAUGGUGGACUUCCAGGUGGAGUUUCUGAGGACUUUGGAGGACGGAAUCAGACUGGUGCCCAAUUUGGACAGACUGGAGAGAGUGGAGCAGUUCAAGAAAGUGCUCUUCUCCUUGGGCGGCUCGUUCCUUUACUAUGCCGACCGCUUCAAGAUCUACAGCGCCUUCUGCGCCAGCCACACUAAGGUGCCCAAGGUCCUCGCCAAAGCAAAAACGGACCCGGACUUCAAGGCGUUCCUGUCCGAGCGGAACCCCAAGCAGCAGCACUCGUCCACUCUGGAGUCCUACCUGAUCAAGCCCAUCCAGAGGGUCCUCAAGUACCCUCUGCUGCUCAGGGAGCUCUUCUCCCUCACGGACCCUGACAGCGAUGAGCACUACCACCUGGACAUGGCCAUGAAGGCGAUGAACAAGGUGGCGAGUCACAUCAACGAGAUGCAGAAGCUCCACGAGGAGUUUGGCGCCGUGUUCGAUCAGCUCAUCAGCGAGCAGAAGGAGGUGGGAGACCUCUCCAUGGGCGAUCUGCUCAUGCACUCCAGCGUGGUCUGGGUCAACCCUCCGGCCUCUUUGGGAAAGGGCAAGAAAGACCCAGAAUUGGCUGCCUUUGUUUUCAAAACCGCUGUGGUGUUUGUGUACAAAGACUCGGCCAAGCAUAGAAAGAAAGUGGGCGGCUCUCACCGAUCAUCCAUGAACGAUGACCGGGAUCCGUUCCGCUUCCGUCACAUGAUCGGCACCCACUCGCUGCAAGUCCGCGCCCUCACAAACUCUGAAGGCGCAGCUGUGUGUGAAAUAGUUCACACCAGGUCAGAAUCCGAGGGGCGACCGGAGAGAACCUUCCAGUUGUGCUGCAGUUCUGCGGAGAGCAAGAAGGAUCUGCUGAAGGCGGUGCACUCCAUCCUCAGGGAGAAGCAGCGGCGGCAGUUGCUCAAGACAGAGUCUCUUCCCCUCAGCCAGCAGUACGUGCCCUUUGGGGGCAAGCGACUCUGCGCCCUCAAGGGGGCACACAGGCCCGUCGUCAACCGAGCAGCUUCGGCUCCGUCCCGCUCUCUGGCUCGCAGGAAGUUGCUGCGAAACCGCUUCACUAUCGACACAGACCUGGUCUUGGACACAGACCCAGUCUUCAACAACAACAACCUCCACCGGGACUCUGACUCGGCCGCCCUUGGCGCCCCCUCGCCGCCGUCCCAGCACGCACCUGUGCCUUCGGAGCUCUGGCUGGAGCAGCAGUUCGACCUGCGACCCUACGAGGACGCCGCCAAGGUGAAGGAGACGGACAUUUUGAGCGACGACGACGAGUACUGCAAGUCGCGGCGCGAGGGGGCGACCGCCGCGCAGGCCACCGAGCUAGACGCCAAGAUGGACGCCAUGGAGAUCCGCGGCGUGCUGAAGGCCUGCGCGGCGCAACGGGGGCCCGAGCGCGACACCGUGUGGGUGCGCAGGGAGGACUUCGGCUGCAACAGGGACGUGUUCUGACACCGCCUGUUGUUCGCCCGCCAAUGGCGGCUGAUGGGGUGCACUGCUAGUUCAUUAGGUACACCUGCGUCAAUGCGGGUGUGCGUUUUAUACACUUCUCCCCUCCAUGAGGAUCACCAAGUAUCAGUCUAGCCCCUUUUUAACUUCACUGUAAGAAUCGUCUUGAUUUGUUUUUUUUUUAGUUUGCCACCUUGGUACUCAGAAUAUGCUCUGUUCGAGCCCUAUUUAUUUUGAAGGAUAGACCCAUCCUGUUGGUUUUUAACGAUACAUGAUAGCCCAGGUGGCUGAGACCAAUGUUGUUUGUCACCUCAAACUGACAGAAUUUACUGUUACAGCAAGAUCCCCACUGAUUUUUUUUUUUUUCUUUUUCCGGGAUAUAAAAUGCCAGUCCUCAAGGACUGUGAGGUUGUUCGGCCCUUGCCCGAUUGUAAUUCUCAACACUAUGUUGAAGCAAGAACCCUAUUGCGUUUAAAGGAUAUGCCUAAAUCCAGUUUACCAGCAAGAAUCUUAGUGAUUUUUUUUGUUGUUGUACAAAAUUGCUAAGGUUGCUGAAAUCAGAGGCAUUUGUCGCCUCAAAACUUCCAGAUUGCACUGUUAGAGCAAGGACUCUAUUGAUUUUUGAAGGCUAGACCCAAAUCUGCAGUUUCCAGCAAGAAUCCUAUUCAUUUUAGCAAUACAAGCUGGUCAAGAUUGAUGAAAUCAAAGGCAGUUGUCACCUCUAACUUCUAGAAUAUACUGUUAGAAUAAGAAGCCUAUUUAUUUUGAAGGAUAGACUCAAAUCCAUAGGUUACCAGCAAGAAUUCUGUUGGCUUUUAUUCAAAAGCCAACAGAAUGUGAUUCAAAACUUUUAAAAUAUAAUCCUGUUGAUUUUGAAGUGAAAACCCACAUCCAGUUUACCAGCAAGAAUCCUAUUGGUAUUUAGCACUCCAAGAUGACGUAUUUUUAGGGCCAAAAAGUCUAUUUUUCCACGCACAACCUUGAAACUUCUCUAUUUUUAUGACUAGUUUUUUUUUUUUUUUUAGUUGGCACACAAAGGCUGCGAGUCGUUCACUUUUCCCCGCAGGAGGUUCUUGGCCACCGUUGGAGUUUGUGGUCAGGAUGUUUGUAUUUGUAACUCCCAAAAACUCACUUUUGGUGUAAAACUUUGUAAAAAUAUAGUUAGGAUUGACUUUAUUCCCUUUCUGCUCUUGUUGUUUAUCACACAGUCUGCACUACAGUCUUAAACCACCCUAACAUGCCAUUCGGCAUCCAAAUCAAAGUAGUUUGUUCGCAAAAAGGCCCUUGAUAUGCAAGCGGAAUUUACUGAUUUGAGGGUCGUGUCGAGCCAAAGGCAAAGGAACAACGAGAAAGUUGACACUUGCCAAAAUCACAGCAAUAACGGCACCUAACCAGUCACAAAAUAUCCAAAUCAAACUUAUUUGCUCACAAAAAGAUGGUCAUUAGCCGGUGGUAAUGGACAAAAGCAGGAAGUUGAUACCGGCUGAAAAAAGAAGGCUAAUUAACUAGUCACGGAAGAUCCAAAUCAAAGUCCUUUGUUCACAAAUAAAAUUAUUAUCCGCGGUUAAGUCCAAUCAAGCUCACGGGGAGGAAAUAGAAACAGGAAGUUGCCACCCACCAAAAUAAAAGUAAUGCUAAACCAGUCAGUAUCCAAAUCAAAGUGCUUUAUUCGUGAACAUAAACAAAAGAUAGCAAAACCUACCAAAAUAAAAGCAAUAGCGCUAAAGUUAGGGUAGCAACACUUGAUGCUAGCUUACUAUCCCCAAUUGUGUGUGUGUGUGUGUGUGGCUCAAUUUACCGUGAAUGCCUCUUGCUAAUGUCCGUCAAGAAAUCGCGUCAUCCCACAGGACACGCCCCCUUUGAAACCCUACUACCGUUCUACCACGAUCCUAAUUUACUUGAAGGUCAUGCCUGCAGUUGCUCCUCUUUUCCCACUGGUGCCGCUGUUUCACUUGCUUGUCGUUUGCACUUAAGAACAAAAUGACAGUCACAUGAAGACAGUGAGCUUUUGCUUGGAUGGAGUUUCUUUAAAAAAAAUUUGUACAAAUAAUUGUGAUGCAGUUUAGUUUUGGGACUGUGAGGCACAAUCACGCGCGUGUCCCCCUUUGAAUCGUCUUUGUACUUUUUGCUACACACGUGGAGUAUUAUCCUUUGUAUGACACCAACAACAAUAAACUUUCUACA